AGUUGAGUAAUGAUAAUUAGCUCAACAUAAUCCCCUUCAUAAUUUCGUCCAUGCUUUUGCCAGCAUUUGGAUUUUUGUAUCCCUUCUUCCCACUCCUACAUAGAAUCAGCGUUCAUAGAUAAUUCAAAACUCGGUAAAUUUUCAUGACAAAUGGUGCGAUUAUAAAUAGUCUGAUUACGCAUGUGCUGAGGCGUGGCCGCCGUGACUCACUGCUUUCGCAGCCGCAUAGCUCUUCUCCCCCACGAACGCAUUACUUUUGGCGCCCCCGCCCCCCGCCGCGAGCGAAUUGGCCAGCGAUUUCCCCGCAUUUGUGGCCACCGACUGCGAGAAUGCGCUCCCCUGAUGGUUCGAGAACGAAUUAGAGAAUGAAUUCCCACCAGAUUUCGACACGGAAUUUGCAGCAGAAUUUCCUUCAGGCAUUUGUGGCAGCAUUUCCGGUUUUGGAAAGUGCCGUAGCUCUGGAAUUUCCAGUUCCGAGCGAAUCCGAAUUUCCGAGGGCGGAACCAGUCCCCCUCGAAAUGGCGUUGGAGGUGGCCCCACCUGCACCCCAGGUUUUCGAGUUGGCCUGCGAGUCCCCACAACCACCGGCAGUUAGCGCAUUGGAGACAGCGCGCGUGCCAUUUAUCGAGUUUGAGAUGACGCUUCCCCCGCGCGAGGAGGCCGCGUUGGACGCGUGCCAAAUUCAGAGGCUGAGUUGGCCACGACCGUCCCCACGGAGGGGUUGCAAGGGGAGGGAUUGUCACCCGGAGAAGAAUUUCCAUUCAUAUGAUGAUAUUCGUCCUCCUCCGAUUCCCCGAUUCUCCUCCGAUACGCACUUAAUUAUGUGUUAUUAAUCGUCCCUUUCAUCUAUUAUUUCCUCCUCACCCGAGUGGUUGUCGUUGUCCUCGUUAGAAUUUGAGCCAGAUGACGGUCUGUCAUGUCCUCUCCAAUUUCUGGGUGCAGAUUGAAAUUCACUCGGGAGAAGGAGAAGCAGAACAACAACCACCACUUUCAUGCCUAAUUAAUAUUUUGUACUGUGAAGGGACUUAACUAAGAAUCGAGCAACACACAACGCUCGGGCCAACUCAAUCAAAGGGUCGCGUACAGUAGAGAAAAGUUCGUCUAGAUGAAAAAUUCGUCUCGUACAGUUUGCAAAUUAUUGUCUAAAUUUCACUCCAAAUCUUGGUUGGACUACUCGCAAUAUUUGCGAUGGCGUGAUGACUUGUUAUGCAACGUCGGUCGGUGUUGUUGAUGAGUUUGUUUAAAUAUUUGAUGAAGUCAGUAUCAUCCAGUUUUUGUGUUUGAGCAACAACCCAAUACACGAGUCCAACUGGGGCUCAAUAAUCUCCUCGAUUGAAUCACAGCACGGCACUCUCUCAUUCGGUCGGAUAAUGGAGAAACAAUGGGGAUUGCUCACUUAUCAUUAAAUAUUGACUUGUACUCCCUUCUUACCCUGAAAUUUUUUGAGUUGCCAUCUGCGAUGCGGCGUGCUCUCGAUGUUUGCCCGAUAAGCGGACGAGUAAUUAGGAAAAAGUGCUUAAUUAUGCUUGUAUGUACCACUUGACUCUGUAUUAAACUCUUUAAAAGUGUAAUCUAAUCAUUAACCCAGGACGGAUAUGUAUUUACGAAAACAUGUUGAAAUGGGUAUUUAAUAUUCACGAAAAAAACGGAUUAGCAAAACAUAUUAGCGAAAAAGUGUAAAAUUUCCGCAAAAUUUGUAUUUCUGAAGAAAAAAAAGCUCUACAUUUUUUUUGUGUGACCGAAUUUACUUGAGCAAAACAAUUUCUUCUCGUGUUGUGCGUAAAACACGGAAAUAUUUUUAAUAUAAAAACAAAUGCGCAUAUAUUUUAAAAAUAAUAUCGGAAAUAUUUAUACCUGUCUGAAAAUCUAAAAAUAUGUAACAAUAUGUCAAAAUACUUUGAAAUUCUUGUACCCUAUAAGAGUUAGGGAACGCACCCACAAAAUUAGACCAUCGGUCGUCAUCAAACGGAAACCUCUGAAAAUAAAUACAUAUCCGCCCUCUGAUUCUAAUUCAGAUUCAUUACAUAAUUGGACACAAUAAGUACUCGAGAAGAGAGAUGAUGCGACUAUUUAAAGAGCUGGACACCACCACCCACGCGUCAAAUAGCCACUCCAACCAUUGCAUUCUACACACUUGACACCGGAAGAUAGACACACGACCUGGAAAGAAUGGGUCCCACUUUAGCCGACUCCAAAGCCACCACGGACCUGGUGAACAUUCCACCCCGACAAACUGGACCCAAUGUCUGGUACGGUCCCCAAGUUGCCAGCCAAGAGUCGACCUGGCUUUUCAUCCUCACCGCCCAAGAAUUGGCCGAGCUGGAAGUCGCUGCUGACCGGAUCGUGGAGGACUCGGCGGUGUCAUCGUCAUCGUCAACCUUGUCCCUCCGCCUCCUCUCCUCUCUGGACAACAACUUCAACUUGAAGAACCUCCGAGCUAGGAUCGACUCACUCGUGGCCAACAACUUGAACUCUGGUUUGGGCUUUUUCGUCUGGAGAGGGAUUCCGAACGAGUGGAGCCACGCCAGAAAAUGUGCGGCUUUCCUCCUCAUCGGAAAAUGCAUUGGGAAUCUGCGCCAACAAAAUGGGAAGGGGCACGUCCUUGGUCAUGUGAAAGACCUCGGUUUAGACUCUUCCGACCCAAACGUUCGUGUCUACCAAACACGAGAAAGGCAAACGUUCCACACGGACUCUAGCGACGUGGUGGGGCUGCUCUGUCUUCGAACAGCGGCAUCCGGAGGUCACUCCUCCCUCGUCUCCUCGGCCACCGUCUUCAACGAAAUGCUGGCCACCCGACCCGACCUCGCCCAUCGCCUCCUCCUCCCCAUGGCGAAGGACCGAAGGGGGGAAAUUCCCUCAGGGUGUCUCCCCUACUUCAACAUCCCCGUCUUUCACUGGUACGAAGGCCACUUAUCUGCAAUCUACCAGCGCCAGUAUAUCGACUCGGCGCAACGCUUCCCAACCGCGAAGCGACUGACGAAGGAGGACGUGGAGGCGUUGGACCUUUUUGACUCGCUGUGUGACGACGAAAGGCUAAAUUUCACCAUGGUCCUGGCUCCAGGUGACCUUCAGUUUUGCAACAACCACGCCCUCCUCCACGACCGGACCGCGUUUGUGGACCAUCCUGACGAUAAGAGACAUUUGUUGAGGGUGUGGGUAGCUCCGGAAGGGGCAAGACCACUUCCCCCCGUGUAUGCGGAACGGUACAGCAGCAUAAAGGUGGGGGACAGGGGUGGGGUUUAUGUUCCUGGGGUGGAACCAGUAGCCCCUCUUCAUCCGUAAUUAUUAUUUAUUUUUGUCAAUGAAGUCAAUUUAAUAAACAAAUAAAUAAAGUUUGAUUCUGAAUAAAAGUGCCUGCAUUUUCGAUGUUAUUUUGCACAGGCUGAAAAAA